AAACACGUGCCGUGAUUGGCUGCCGAGUCGUAUAACUUGGAGUCUGAAGGCUGUUCGCUGCUGCUUGACUGCGUGGAUUGGAGAUUGGACAGCCGUGGAUCUUAGCAGAUUGUCAGCUGCCGAUUUGGAAAGUCGGCGGGCAGGUUGCACGCCCACCGUGAACGGGAGGCAUCCACAAACUCCUCGAGAGAAGCUCGGCGCUCCGGACACUUCAACGCCGGCCGCAACACAAUUGGGUCGCAAGCAACUUCGGUUGAGAGCAACGAAAGUCGUUGGGGCGACUGAAGUUGAACGCAAUCUGAAGAAGUUGAACGCAACUGAAGUUGAAUGCAACUGAAGAAGUUGAACGCACACUGAAGUUGAAUGCAACUGAAGAAGUUGAACGCACACUGAAGUUGAAUGCAACUGAAGAAGUCAAAGGCAAUCUGAAGAAGUUGAACGCAAACUGAAGAAGUUGAAUGCAACUGAAGAAAAGUUGAACGCAAACUGAAGAAGUCAAAGGCAAUCUGAAGAAGUUGAACACAAACUGAAGAAGUUGAACACAAACUGAAGUUGAACGCAAACUGAAGAAGUCGAAGGCAAUCUGAAGAAGUUGAACGCAACUUAAGUGGAAGGCACACUGAAGUUGAACGCAACUGAAGUCGAAAGAUCGAACGCAACUGAAAGAAGUCAAACGCAAACUGAAGAAGUCAAUCACAAACUGAAGUUGAACGCAACUGUAAGAAGUUGAACACAACUGAAGAAGUCAAAGGCAAACUGAAGAAGUCAAACGCAAACUGAAGUUGAACUCAACUGUAAGAAGUUGAACACAACUGAAGAAGUUGAACACAACUGUAAGAAGUUGAACGCAACUGAAGUCGAAAGAUCGAACGCAACUGAAAGAACUCAAACGCAAACUGAAGAAGUCAAACGCAAACUGAAGUUGAACUCAACUGAAGUCGAGGCAACCAACCUCCCCCCCCGAGUUCAGGGCAACUCGUGACGGCCAUCGUGGUGGUGGUGGUGGUGGCGAGGUCGUCCCUGGCGGUGGACGCAGACGAUGGAGGUGAUGGAGGGGUCGACCCCGUUCAACUUUGCCCUGUGCGGCGGCGUUGCCGGCAACUUCUACGCGCCGGGGGUGGACGACUGCUCCAUGUCUCCGUUCGACUCCGUGGAGGUGGACUUCCUGGAGAACUUUGACCCGGGGCGACAGCAGCAGCAGCAGCAGCAGCAGCUCCUGUCGACUCUCCACCACCACCACCACAACCACCACCAUCAACAACAACAACAACAACAUCAACAACAACAUCAACAACAACAUCAACAACACGAGCAGCAGCAGCAUCAUCAGCACGUGCAACAGUUGCAGCUUGAACAGCAGCAGAAUCAGAAUCAGCAGCAGCAGCAGCAGCAGCUCAUCAGUAACACGAUCAGCAGCAGCGGCGGCAUCAGCAUCAGCAUCGGCAUCAGCAGCGGCAUCAGCGGCAAGAAGAUUUCGAAAGAUCUCUGCGGCAGAGCCAGACGCUGCGGCGACGGCGGCGGCGGCGGCGGCCAUGACGAUGACGUCGGCGAUGACGACGUCGGCGAUGACGACGUCGUCAUCGACGACGUCAUCGACGACGCCAUCGACGACGACCACGACCACGUGCGGGCGCCCAGCUGCGUCGCUUCGCAGCAGCGCUCGGGCGCCUGCUUGCUGUGGGCCUGCCGGGCGUGCAAGCGCAAGACGAGCUCGGCGGAGAGGCGGCGCGCGGCCCCGGUGCGCGAGCGGCGCCGCCUGCGGAGGGUCAACGAGGCCUUCGAGACGCUCAAGCGGUUCACGUCGGCAAACCCCGGCCAGCGGCUCGCCAAGGUGGAGAUCCUGCGGAACGCCAUCGGCUACAUCGAGAACCUGCAGGGGAUGCUCCGUGGGCAGGACGAGGUGUACUAUGGUGGUGGUGGAGGUGGAGGUGGUGGUGGAGGAGGUGGUGGUGGUGGAGGUGGUGGCGGUGGUGGUGGUGGAGCGAUGGAGUCAGAAGGGUCAAGUCCGAGGUCGAACUAUUCGGAUGGAGCGAUCGAGAGAGGUUCUUCACCACUGUGGACCAGCAACUUGAAGCGCCACGUGAAGGAGGGACACUACUACAGAGACAGCAGUGUCCACAACCACCACCACAACCACCACAACCACCACCACAACCACGCCACCAACGCCGCCAUCAACUCGUCGAGCCUCGACUGCCUGAGCCACAUCGUCGCCCGCAUCAACGCCGACUCCACCACCACAGAGUCGACCACCACCACCCCCGUGUCCACCACCCCCGUGUCCACCACCACCACCAGCUCCACCACCUCCUCCAGCUCCUCGUCGUCGUCACCCCUCGUCUCUGGUCGCUCGCCGGGAGCUCGCGAGGGACCUCAGGGACUAACGGCUCAGCCACCACCACCACCACCGCCGCCGCUGGACGCAUCUCCUGUCUACGAAGUCCUCUAGCGGCGGGGCUCAACGCCCACGCAAGGGGCCCUCGUUCAUCAGCCACUGGAAUCGGCCGAGACGGCCGCCGGGCACGCUGAUGAGCGGAUCGAUCGGAUCGAUCGGAUCGAUCGGGUCGACGGGUCGAUGAAUCCGUCCGUCGGCGGGUGGGUUGGUUUGUUAAGUUAUCGGCUGGUGGGUUAAUUGGUAAAUCGGUUGGUGGGUUAAUUGGUAAAUCGGUUGGUGGGUUAAUUUAUAAAUUGGUUGGUGGAUUAAUUCAUAAAUCGGCUGGUGGGUUAAUUCGUAAAUCGUUUGGUGGGUUAAUUCUUAUAUCGUUUGGUGAGUUAAUUAAUAAAUUGGUUGGUGAGUUAAUUCAUAAAUCGGUUGGUGGGUUAAUUAAUAAAUCGGUUGGUGGGUUAAUUAAUAAAUCGGUUGGUGAGUUAAUUCAUAAAUCGGUUGGUGGGUUAAUUCGUAAAUCGGUUGGUGGGUUAAUUAAUAAAUCGGUUGGUGAGUUAAUUCGUAAAUCGGUUGGUGGGUUAAUUCAUAAAUCGGCUGGUGGGUUAAUUCGUAAAUCGGUUGGUGGGUUAAUUCAUAAAUCGGUUGGUGAGUUAAUUAAUAAAUUGGUUGGUGGGUUAAUUCAUAAAUUGGUUGGUGGGUUAAUUCGUAAAUCGGUUGGUGAGUUAAUUCAUAAAUCGGUUGGUGAGUUAAUUAAUAAAUUGGUUGGUGGGUUAAUUCAUAAAUCGGUUGGUGAGUUAAUUCGUAAAUUGGUUGGUAAGUUAAUUCGUAAAUCGGUUGGUUGGGUUAAUUCAUAAAUCGUUUGGUGGGUUAAUUCAUAAUUCGGUUGGUGAGUUAAUUAAUAAAUUGGUUGGUGAGUUAAUUCAUAAAUCGGUUGGUGAGUUAAUUCGUAAAUCGGUUGGUGGGUUAAUCAAUCAACCGAUGAGUUAAUUUUGAAUCAGCUGAUUGGGUGAUUAAUCAGCUGAUGAGUUGAUUAAUCUAUCAGCCGAUGUUAAUUGGUCUUUCUGUGAACGAGUGAGAGUUGGGGGGAGGGGGGGAGGGGUGGUGGUGCAGCGGUUAGCGCAUUGAGAUUCGCGUGCCAACCGGGGACAGACAGAUACCCCAGGUUCAUUCCCACUCACCGACACCACCACCACCACCACUGCCACCACCUCCACCACCGCCACCACCACCAAC